UUGAUAGAGGUAUCUCACUGAAAAUAUCUUGAGUAUCGUUUAUUUUAGGAGUAGAACAGUCCAACCCUCUCAUUUGAUUAAUAAUUAGUUCAGCUUAUUAGCAAGCCAGGAGUCUUAAUAUAUUUGCUGUAAUCCUAUUGAGCAGAUUAUCAUGACAUAAAUCUAAUAUAAGAACUUGUUGGUCUAAAUCUUGCGGGUCGUUGGGUUGAGGGUUUUGAUGAAGGAUUUGGGGAUGGAAACCCAUCCAUCAUAUAUUUGAACGAAAAUUUACCUUAGGGAAUUAAGAAGAUGAAAUCCUAAAUUCAUCAUAUCCACAUUUUUUUAUCAAAUUUGUUUCUUGACCAAUCAAUUUUCCUUUCUACACUCUCAAUUCUUGGUGCAGAACCUUCUAUUUUACUUAAUAACUAAUUUAAAUAGGUUUUUCCAUAAAUCUACAUCAUGGUACAAUAUUUCUACUGAUAAUCGUCACUUAGUAUGUCAAAAUGCUGGAGGCAUCCCUUUCUAAGUCUGAUUUUCUACGAGGGGUUAUUUAAUAUAAACCUUACCUUUCAUUCCCAAAAUUGAACCAACAGGUUUUAAUUAUAUUUGAAUAUUUCUAAUAUUUCAGUCUACCCAAAUCGCCACCUCGACCUCAUUGCUCCAACUACAAAGAUCCCCCAACUUUUCUUCACCACAUUUUGUGGAAAAGAACAUCCAAGAGAGAGGGAUGGAGACAUCUCCAUCGGUUUAUUUUCAACAAAAAAUAAUAUUAAAUAGAAGUCGAUAAACAAAAUAUUAGAAAACUAAUUAUGUGUCCUAAAAAAUAAUCUAAUGAACUUUCUCGCUAUGAAAAUUGUUGGUACCUCGUCUUUCCAGUGAGGAUAGUAGAUCCCGAGCUGGACAAUAUCUGGCGAUGGCAGAUGACUGUAGUUCAUUGCCAUACAAGUUCUCAAGCUAAAUUUUAGUUUUUGUCGAAUCGUGCCUCUCCAUGAUUAGAACCUUAGUUAGUUAGUAGUGUAUGUCAUGCGGGUGAGUAACUGAUUGAUUCUUUGAUGGGUAAUGACAAUGCACAUAACUAAUUAUAACGAUCGAUCCCAAAUUAGUAACGAUAAUGUCCAUGUAUAAUAAUUGAGCAUUGAUUAGUAAGAAUUGUCACACAUACACUAAUCCCUAAUUAGUAAUGCUUGUCACCUAUAUAUUUUGAUUAUUUGCCUCAAAAUGUCAGCAUCUCCAAACUAGAAACAUUUAUUUCUCCAUUUUUUCAAUACUUACUUUGAUUGGUGCUUUGUAAGAACAUACAAUAUUAGUACCUCUCUUUUUUCUAAUAUUAUUGUAUCUUUUGUUUUCCAAGUAAAAUCCAAAUAUCUGCAAAAAAAUACUGAAGUGUCAGACUGUGUAUUGUGACUAAUGGGGGACUACAAACAUCAAUAGUUAAUUAAAUUUUAAACUUUGUUAUUAUCGACCCUAAUAAGUACUUAUAUAUGUAAUAAAAAAAAUAACACUACAAAAGUAAAACAAAGGAGGAGAUGAUGUAUUAAAAAAACAGAUUGUUCAAUAAAACUAAUCUUAAACAUGGGACAUUCAAGACCAACAAAUAAUUAAUUCUAGCAGUAGAAUUGGCAUGAAUGAAUAACUUUGAAGUGUUCGGUUUGUUCGAAUCUCCCAAUUAUGUCAUUCUGAUAUAUUAUUUGAAUACUAGAAUCGGUAUAAUAAUCCUUUAUAAAGACAUUAUUUUUACCUCUGAAAAUAAAGGCCGCAUCCAUAAUUCUUUUCAGGUACUUUAAAAUGAACUUAUUAACAACAAUCUAUCGACUCUCACAUGAAUUCGACUGCUGUUGACGUAUUUUUUUUUCCUCGUGAUAGAUAACAUACACGAUCGAUCGAGUGUCUGAGACAUUCGAAAUCUUAUAAUGAAUCUCAUUUGUUCUCGUUCUAUCAUUUCAACACCGACUCUUCUUCCUUAAUGUAAGAGUAGUAUAGAUGUUAUCUAUCACGAGGAAAGAAAAACAAAGACGAUUAGUGACAAAAGAUUAGGUAUUGAUAAGAGUAGUACAGAGACAAAGGAGCUUAGCUACUAGCUUAGGUUAGGUAUCAAUCAUCCAACUCACUCACUCCACAAAAUGCCGUCCGAGGCAGGCAGGCAGCAGAAAAGGUCUCAUUCUUUCUUCUUCAGCCACCCGCCGCAACACGUCAGACGGUGGUUGGGUCCCGCCGGCCACCGCCAGAUCAUCAAGUAGUGGCCGGAGGAGCAUCCAUGGCAUGCUACAGUGGAGCAACACACAGGUUGUCAAAACAGAGAACCAGUAGAGGAGAGGACGGGUAAAUUAAUGGAGUGAAGAAGUUGACUCUGUCUCUGGCUCGCUACUUUUUGUCCUACGAAAGGAAAAAAAAAACAGAGUACUCUGCUGCUGCAGGUGGAGGUAAGGUAAACGGCCGUAACAAGGGUGGUUUUUUGUGAGAAGAAAACAAAUAGCUAUCUGCCAAAGCUCUCACGUCUUAUUGUUAUCGUGGAUUUGUUAAUGGUACUUUUUUUUCGACCUUUUUUUCUUCCCAUACAAAAAGUGAAAAAACUUAAUGGUUUAGGUUUGCUAUGGCUGUCCUUUCUCUGCUCCCUUGUUGCCAUUUCACAAUCCCUCCCUAAGGUUUGAUGGAUUGGUAGUGAGAUUUGAAAUGAAUAGAGUAUCGUACCAAUCGGUUUGUAUCGAAUUAAGUUUGUAUUGAUAACUAAGUUGUACGUUUUCUACAACAUGUUAGUCGAUUUGUAUGGAGCUUGUUGAGAAGAUUCAUUCAUCUCCGCUCAACAUUUCAAAGGGUAUCUUCACCGGUCUGCCUCAUCAUUUUCGUGUUGCGAAAACGUAUGAAAAUGCCAAAAACAUGAUGACCUCUUCUUCUUCUUCUUCGAUGCAAUCAUCCUUCAACUUUUUGGUCACGUCAAUGUUAUUGCUCGAUCGGGUUGAUUGUCAAACUCGUUCAACUGUCUGUCUACUGAUUCGAUUCAUGUAUGCUUAUCUCACCAUCUUAUCUAAUAACCUGACUGAAUCACGAAAAUGAGCACUCAUUGGACUCUCCCACCUAGAUAGCUCUGCAAUUUUAUGAUAUCACCUCUCUUAUGUUGAAAAUUGCUCCUCCAUAAUUCAAAUUUUCAUAAGUAACUACCGUUUAUCAUAUUAUGAUUGAUUUCGUUUUUUCUAUUGCAAAGGAGUCCAUCCUAAAAUUUAACUCCUUUCUUUAUAUAGGCCAACUCAAACAAGUAUAGUACACAAAAAUUGGUUAGGCGUUAGGUUUCCACAUGGUGUUACACAUUAAUCACAAUAGGGCCCAAGCUAUUAUUAUUCACCAUACUUGCAAAAUAAAAUUCGAAGUAUUAAAUACACAAAAUGGGGAGAUAAUGGUUGUCUCUUAUCAUAAUUCACAACGAAAAAAAGAAUAAAGAAAGAAAAAAACCCAACCGAUUCCCUCCAUUUACUAUGUCCACCGUCCUCCACGAUCUCCUCCUCCUUUGUCUCAACUCUCUCGCCUAAUAAUUACUCACACUCCACCUCUCAGUUUCCACUCCUAAUUCAAUCCUCCUGUUCAUCGGAGCUCCCUCCUGCCACCCGCCGCCGGCGAGGUCAAAGCCAUCGUCUUUUGUCACCUUGCGAAUGUCCGAUUAAUUUAGUCUUCCGUUUUCUAGAAAUUCGAACCGCUAUGGCAUCUGGGUCGGACCUUCUGGUCGGGACCGCUUCCUUUUGACAAACUUAUGGGGUGGUUUUUAAUGGUGGAAAAAGAAAAGGGAGGAGAAAAGAAGGGUCUCCGUCCGUUUCCCUGUUUUCUCAAAUGCUCUUGCCCUUCGACUUGCCUCUGCUCUUAAUUCUUCUUGCUGUCUCGCAUUUGGGUUGUCUCGCUAGAAGAUAAAGUCGGAGUCUUUUGUCUCCCUUCUCUUUCUCCCCUUCGUUUCCGUUCAGUGGUCAAUUCUCUGAAUUGGAUGUGGUGGAAAGAGUGAUUUAUUCUCUUGUGGGGAUUUCUGAUUUCCGGAGAUGGGUUUUGAUUUUGACGUUGGAAUGAAGCUGGGUUUGCUUCGAUAGCACCUCAGAGUGUCACUUCUGGAGCUGGUUCUCAGUUUUGACAGUUGGUUGGAGGUGAAUUUGGGUGUCUUUUUUUGUGAUUUGGUGUGAGAGAGAAGGAAGGGCUGGUGUGGUGUAGAUUGAAAGCGAGUUCCAAGAGUUGGUGGAGCAGUGCUCAGAGUUUGCUUUCAUGCAUUUUAGAUUCCACUGAAUUUUGUGUUCUUAACAGCAGAGAGGGGCAUCAUGAUUUAGAUUGUGCCCUUCUGAUUUUGGAAGGAGUGAACUUCUGCAGUGAUAUUAGUUAAUUCUGGCCAUGGCGGAUCCUUGGAGGAUGAGAGACGCAGAGAGAAUGAAUCAACCUCCUUUGGUUGACACAACAGCUUGCUUAUGUAGAGUAGAUGCAGGCCUCAAAACCGUGGCAGGUGCCAAAAAGUACGUCCCGGGUAGCAAGCUAUGUCUUCAACCAGACAUCAGACCAUCUAUCCAUCCAACCAGACAUAAACCCUCACGAGGAGAUAGAAACCGAAAUCAAUCCCCAUUGCUCCCGGGACUCCCUGACGAUCUCGCCAUUGCUUGCUUAAUCCGAGUGCCUAGAGCUGAGCAUCGAAAGCUUCGACUCGUCUGCAAGAGGUGGUACCGUCUCUUAUCUGGUAACUUCUUCUACUCGCUUCGAAAGAAUCUUGGAAUAUCCGAGGAAUGGAUAUACGUGAUCAAGAGAGACAGGGAUGGGAAAAUAUCUUGGCAUGCUUUCGAUCCCAUAUACCAACUAUGGCAGCCACUUCCACCUGUCCCCAAGGAAUAUUCUGAAGCCCUAGGUUUCGGUUCAGCUGUUCUAAGUGGCUGUAACCUCUACUUGUUUGGAGGCAAAGACCCUUUGAAAGGAUCGAUGAGACGGGUCAUUUUUUACAGUGCUAGAACUAAUAAGUGGCACCGUGCACCCGACAUGCUUAGAAGACGGCAUUUCUUUGGUUCGUGUGUUAUAAACAACUGUUUGUAUGUAGCAGGUGGGGAGAACGAGGGCGUCCACCGUCCAUUGAGAUCAGCUGAAGUUUAUGAUCCCAAUAAGAACAGAUGGUCACUGAUUUCAGAUAUGAGUACAGCAAUGGUGCCCUUCAUUGGGGUAGUUUACGAGGGUAAAUGGUACCUUAAAGGACUCGGGACUCACAGACAGGUUUUGAGUGAAGUCUACCAGCCGGUAACCGAUAGCUGGUAUCCUGUUUAUGAUGGCAUGGUGGCAGGGUGGAGAAACCCAAGUGCUUCCUUGAAUGGAAACCUCUAUGCCUUAGACUGCAAGGAUGGGUGCAAGCUUAGGGUUUAUGACGAAGAUACCGAUUCAUGGAGCAAGCAUAUCGAUAGCAAGUUGCAUCUGGGGAAUUCUUGUGCUUUGGAAGCAGCUGCUCUUGUUCCACUGAGUGGGAAGCUUUGCAUCAUUAGAAACAACAUGAGUAUAUCGGUUGUCGACGUUUCGAGAUCCGAAGAUCUUGGGGAAGCUCCCGCUGAACAUUUGUGGGAGACUCUUUCGGGUAGAGGGCAGUUCAAGACUUUGGUCUCGAAUCUUUGGUCGAGCCUUGCUGGGAGGAAUCGCCUGAGGAGCCACAUUGUUCACUGCCAGGUUCUUCAAGCAUGAGAAGUGUUGACACCACAUUUUGUCCGAAUCAAAACAUGGUUAAAGAAGUUGUUUAAGGUUGGUAGUUGUGAAAUUUAAACGAUUUCUUAGAGUGAAAUUAGAAGUAUCUAUAGAUGUGGGCUUGUCUCGACCAGAAAAGAUCAACAAUAGCGUAUCUAAAAAUGCCGAUUUGAUUUGGUCACAGUCAAGCUGAUGGUGCUGGGUUGCCAUGUUUGGUUAUAAGAAUUAGACAAUUUGCUUGGUUUGAUUACCAUUAAAUUGAUGUUUAAAGGAUUAAACUUUAAAAACUUCACUAAAUGAUUAAUUUGGUCAAUAUUUCAAAAGAUGUCUAUCCUAAUCUAAACUAAUACUCACGAGACUAAUUUGAUCUAAUUCGGAGGGUUGACUGUUAUGUUGGAUGGUCAAAGAGUCAUAUCAUUGUUACGCCAUAACAAAAAAUAUUAAGAAUU